ACCCCUCGCUGGCUCGCUGUAAUAUUUGCCCAACAGAAGUCAAGAGUAGACGAGACUUUCCUUGCACUUUGUUCUUUCACACUCUGCCUUUCCAUCUUGGUAGGCUUCAGAUCAUAUCAUUCCCUCUUUCAUUAUGUAAUUUGAGGAAAGAAUAGCAAUUUAAGGCUGUUAGUGAAGGCAUCACUUGCAAGCAUCAUCAUUUUUACCUACCCUAAAAGUUGACUGUUUUCUUGCCCAUAAAAUUCUGGGUGUGCAGAAAGUAGAGUUGAGAUCUUCCUAUAGGAAAAGGGAUAAUGAGCUGCUUUGGCUGUUGUGUAGAAAAUGAUAUCCAUAGAGCUGCUGAUACUGGGCAGUUGAUGGGAAAUAAUUCAACAGGCAUUAGUGGUGGUUAUUCUUCCAAGGAAGCUGUGACAAAAGAUACACAGACUGUAACUAUCCAGCCAAUCGCUGUCCCUGCCAUUCCAGUAGAUGAAUUGAGGGAUAUUACAGAUAAUUUUGGUACAAAGGCAUUAAUUGGCGAGGGCUCAUAUGGAAAAGUAUAUCAUGGUGUCCUAGCAAGUGAACAGGCUGCAGCCAUUAAAAAGUUAGACUCCAGUAAACAACCUGACCAAGAAUUUCUGGCGCAGAUCUCCAUGGUAUCAAGACUGAAACAUGAAAAUCUUGUUGGACUUAUUGGUUAUUGUGUCGAUGGUCCUCUCCGUGUCCUUGCAUAUGAGUACGCUCCUAAUGGAUCUCUUCAUGAUAUACUACACGGACGAAAAGGUGUCAAAGGAGCAGAGCCAGGCCCAGUUCUGUCGUGGGCACAGAGAGUUAAAAUUGCAGUUGGGGCAGCAAGGGGACUUGAAUAUCUACAUGAAAAAGCACAACCUCACAUCAUACAUCGUGAUAUCAAGUCCAGCAAUAUACUGCUUUUUGAUGAUGAUGUUGCAAAAAUCGCUGAUUUUGAUUUAUCAAAUCAAGCACCUGAUAAUGCUGCACGUCUUCAUUCCACUCGUGUACUUGGCACUUUUGGUUAUCAUGCUCCUGAAUACGCGAUGACUGGGCAGCUGAGUUCAAAGAGUGAUGUUUACAGCUUUGGUGUUGUCCUGCUGGAACUCUUGACUGGUCGAAAACCUGUUGAUCACACCCUGCCACGUGGACAGCAAAGCCUGGUGACAUGGGCAACACCGAAACUCAGUGAAGAUAAGGUGAAGCAAUGUAUUGAUGCUAAACUAGAUGGAGAAUACCCUUCCAAGGCAGUUGCAAAGAUGGCUGCCGUUGCUGCCUUGUGUGUGCAAUAUGAAGCUGACUUUCGGCCAAAUAUGAGCAUUGUAGUUACAGCUCUACAGCCUCUGUUGAACACUCGGUCCGGCCCCCAAGUGCAAAACCGCACUUGUGAAUUCUUCCUAGCACCUCAAACUUUCUUGCAGGGUAUACUGUUCAAUAUGUUUUGUAACCAGCGUGUUCUAGAUCGUAUUUCAUUCAUUGAAGCUUUUUAGACCUUUAUUUGCAAUUUGAAUAAUUAUUCUACAUACUUUUGAAGUGCUUUGGGUGAUUUCUAUGGGUUUUCGAUUGUGCACAUUAGCUCUAUCUCAUUUGCUGUGUAUUUUUACUAAGUGAUUGAGAAAAUGAGAAUGUUGUUGUGCCCUAUGCUUA